AUGAGGCUGGUUCUGUAUUACCUGAUAGUGUUGGGGUCCAGUGGUGUGAUUUCCACCUACGGGCCCCAUCAGAGAGCUCAGAUGACGGGGGACAUCUUGCUCGGGGGUCUGUUCCCGAUACACUUUGGAGUCGCGUCCAAAGACCAGGACCCCGCGGCUCGGCCCGAGUCCAUGCAGUGUGUCAGGUUCAAUUUCCGUGGUUUCCGUUGGCUCCAGGCCAUGAUCUUUGCGAUCGAUGAGAUUAACAACAGCAGCACCCUUCUGCCCAACAUCACGCUCGGCUACCGGAUCUUCGACACGUGCAACACGGUGUCCAAAGCCCUGGAAGCCACGCUUAGUUUCGUGGCUCAGAAUAAGAUCGACUCCUUGAAUUUAGAUGAAUUUUGCAACUGCACGGAUCACAUCCCGGCCACCAUCGCGGUGGUCGGAGCGGCCGGAUCUGCAGUCUCCACAGCGGUCGCAAACCUACUGGGUCUAUUUUAUAUUCCUCAGAUCAGCUACGGCUCCUCCAGUCGCCUCCUGAGCAACAAGAACCAGUACAAGUCCUUCAUGAGAACCAUUCCCACCGACGAGUACCAGGCCACGGCCAUGGCGGACGUCAUCGAGCACUUCGAGUGGAACUGGGUCAUCGCCGUGGCCUCCGACGACGACUACGGCCGCCCGGGGAUCGAGAAGUUCGAGAAGGAGAUGGAGGAGCGAGACAUCUGCAUCCACCUCAACGAACUCAUCUCUCAGUAUUUCGAGGAGCACGAAAUCCAAGCGCUGGCCGACAGGAUCGAGAACUCCACGGCUAAAGUCAUCGUAGUGUUUGCCAGCGGCCCGGAUAUCGAGCCUUUAAUCAAAGAGAUGGUGAGGAGGAACAUCACGGAUCGCACCUGGCUAGCCAGCGAAGCGUGGGCCAGCUCCUCUCUCGUAGCCAAACCAGAGUAUCUCAAUGUCGUGGCCGGUACGAUCGGCUUUGCUCUCAAGGCGGGGCACAUUCCCGGUUUAAGAGAGUUCCUACAGCAAGUGCAACCGAAGAGAGACAGUCAUAACGAGUUUGUCAGGGAGUUUUGGGAAGAAACCUUCAACUGUUAUCUGGAAGACAGCCAGAGAGAGCAGGAAAGUGAGAACGGCAGCGCGAGUUUCAGGCCUUUGUGUACCGGUGAGGAAGACAUCACGAGUGUUGAGACGCCGUACCUGGACUACACACACUUCCGUAUCUCCUAUAACGUGUAUGUCGCAGUGUAUUCCAUUGCACAGGCCCUGCAGGACAUACUCACCUGCACAGCCGGAUACGGACUGUUUGCCAACAAUUCCUGUGCCGAUAUAAAGACAAUGGAAGCGUGGCAGGCCCUGAAGCAGCUCAGACAUUUGAACUACACCAACAGCAUGGGGGAAAAGAUGCACUACGAUGAGAACGCAGACAUGGCAGCAAACUACACCAUCAUAAACUGGCACAGGUCCGCCGAGGACGGCUCCGUGGUGUUCGAGGACGUGGGAUAUUACAGUAUGCACAUCAAGAGAGGAGCCAAACUGUUCAUUGACAAGACAAAGAUUUUGUGGAAUGGAUACAGUUCUGAGGUGCCAUUCUCUAACUGCAGUGAGGACUGUGAGCCGGGUACCAGGAAGGGGAUCAUUGACAGUAUGCCCACCUGUUGCUUUGAAUGCACCGAGUGCUCCGACGGAGAGUACAGUAAUCAUAAAGAUGCCAGUGUUUGCACCAAGUGUCCGUAUAACUCCUGGUCCAAUGGGAAUCACACGUUCUGCUUCCUGAAGGAAAUCGAGUUUCUCUCCUGGACGGAACCUUUCGGGAUCGCUUUGGCCAUAUGUGCGGUGUUGGGUGUGCUCUUGACCGCCUUCGUCAUGGGAGUCUUCGUCCGAUUCCGCAACACCCCGAUAGUGAAGGCCACGAACCGAGAACUGUCCUACGUCCUCCUGUUCUCACUAAUCUGUUGCUUCUCCAGCUCCCUCAUCUUCAUCGGCGAGCCGGAGGACUGGACGUGCCGCGUACGGCAACCGGCCUUCGGGAUCAGCUUCGUCCUCUGCAUAUCUUGCAUCCUCGUGAAAACCAACAGGGUGCUUCUGGUCUUCGAAGCCAAGAUCCCGACGAGCCUCCAUCGUAAAUGGUGGGGAUUGAACCUGCAGUUCCUGCUGGUAUUUCUGUGCACAUUUGUUCAGGUCAUGAUCUGCGUGGUGUGGCUGUACAACGCCCCUCCUUCCAGCCGCAAGAAUCACGACAUCGACGAGAUCAUCUUCAUCACCUGCAAUGAGGGAUCCGUGAUGGCUCUCGGGUUUCUGAUUGGCUACACGUGCCUCCUGGCCGCGAUAUGUUUCUUCUUUGCGUUCAAGUCCAGGAACCUUCCGGAAAACUUCACAGAGGCCAAGUUCAUCACGUUCAGCAUGCUCAUAUUCUUUAUCGUUUGGAUCUCUUUUAUUCCCGCGUACUUUAGCACGUACGGCAAGUUUGUCUCUGCCGUGGAGGUCAUCGCGAUACUAGCGUCCAGCUUCGGGAUGCUGGCCUGUAUCUUCUUCAACAAGGUCUACAUCAUCCUCUUCAAGCCCUCCAGGAACACCAUCGAGGAGGUCCGAUGCAGCACCGCGGCCCACGCCUUCAAAGUGGCCGCGAAGGCGACGCUGAAACACAACACGGCCGCGAGAAAGAAGUCGGGCAGCAUCGGGGGGUCCUCCGUCUCGACUCCGUCUUCAUCCAUCAGCCUCAAAGCCAACGGCAACGAGUGUGACGCCACGUCGGGAAAGCACAAGCCCAGGGUGAGCUUCGGCAGCGGAACAGUGACUCUGUCCUUGAGCUUCGAGGAGUCGAGGAGGAGCUCUCUGAUGUGAUCAGCGUCACAUGACCCGCUAAUGGGGUGGGACUUUAUUUGGAAAAGCAUUUUACAUGUAGACCUUUUCAUCUUCCCAUUCCCUUAAAAGAUGACCAGUCCAAAUGAUAUACUGGACUAUACCUGAAUCCUGUGACUCUUAUUAUGUUCACCAUAACCCUGAUGUACACGAAGCUAAUAGCAACCAUUUUGUACAAUUAA